AUGUCGAAUAAUCCUACACGUGAGCCGAAAUUCUCGAGCAUCUCCGAGAGAUCGACGCCAAAGAAAAUUUCUUCGAUUGACUUACCCGAAGUCGGCAAGAAAUGCCACUACCAAAAUAUUGUUGGAACAACACCAGGAGUUCGGCAGAUGCGCCACAAAUUCGAGAAGCUGAAGCGUUGCGCGGAAGAUGGAGGCGAAGGAAACUGUAGUUACGCGUCCCCCAAGAAACUAAGACGAGGCAUCAAAGGUAAUAGUCUUCUGAUUGAAGCCAUACGCUCCUCCACGGACGCCCUCCUGAAGAAGGUGAUAACGAAGCCUUCAGGUCAUCAGUCGGUGGUCCUGCAGAGCAAACAGGCUCUGCUGCAGAAGGGCGUGGUCUCUGAUAAGGAUAUAGCUGCCCAGUUGUGCAGAGAUGCCAAGCACUUAAGCUCUGUGGUGCGUGGUGGUGAUGGCGAUCUGUCGCUGCUGGUGCGUGAUGGUGAACCCGUGUCAUCCCGACUCCGUAGCAUCCUUACCUCAUCCCUGCUAGACCCCUCACCCCACCGGGGGCUAGACCCCACACCCCACCGGGGUUACAACAGAAGGGUGUCGUCCAUGUCCCCCCACCGCCGUAGGGGGGACGCCGCCCCCUCCCCUGCCUCUUUGUCCUCCCCCAGCGCCGCAGUGUUCAGGACGCGCUCCCUGGGGGACGUGCGCCCCCGCCAUGGCCCCCUCACCAGGUGCCGGGGGAUGUGUAUAAGAGACAGCUGCACUCUGGAGGUGAGACUCUGCACUCUGGAGGAGGAGACGCGGCACCUGCAGCAGGAGGUGGGGCGGCUGGAGGGCCUCGUGGCCGCGUCCCGGGCCGAGCAGAGCGCCGCUACGCACCAGUACGAGGCCCUCACGCGGCAGGUGGGCAGCGAGUGGCAGGAGCUCCACUCACGAGAGCAACGCCUGCAGCAGCUCAACGCCAGCCAGUCAACACUCAUCAACAAGCUGAGUGGCAAGGUGCGCCAGUAUCGCGCGCGGGUGCGUGAGAGCGACAGGCGCGCAGAGGAGGCCGCUGAGCGCAGAGUGAGCGCAGAGCAGCAGAGUGAUGAGCUGAACUCUGCGCUGUCAGAGCUGCAGGACAAGCUGCACGCUGCACACAUGCAGCACCACUUCCAGCUGCAGCUCGCCAACGACGCUCUCAAAGCUGAACGAAAAAAACGGCAGGAGCUGGAGGAGCAGGUGUUGCAGGUGCAGCAGGUGGCAGGCAGUCAGGUGGCAGGUGCAGAGCAGCUGCAGCGUGACGCAGAGCUCACCAGACAGCAGCUGCAGCAGAUGCAGCUGCACUUCACUCAGCGGGAGGCGCAGUGGAAGCAAGAGGCCAAGAUCCUCGGCCGCGCGUCAGUAGCGGGGCACCAGAAGGCCCUCAGCCUCCGUCGGCAGACCGGCGCCCUCCGUCGCGCCCUCGCUGAGGUCAGGUCACUCACGCGCCGUGACCUCAGUGACCUCGCACUUGACCUCGCGCGCUACAGCUCCUCCAUUGGCCACGCCUGUGCUGUCAUACACGAUGGCGGUGUGAUGGCGUCAUCAUCGGACGUGUGGGCGCGGGUGCAGGAGGGCGAGAAGUUGCUGGCGCGCACGGAGGCCGAGAAGCGUGACCUCAGAGACAAGAUCUCUGACCUCAACACCAGGGUCUCUGAGCUCAGUGCCGCCCUCAGAGAUAAGGAGCUAUGCAUCCUGGACCUCAACAGGAGGGUGGAGGAGGGGGCGACGGAGGCGGAGGCACAGGAGGCGCUGAGGCAGAAGGUGCGUGGCCUCGAGGCCUACCUGCUGGACAUCGCGCAGUGCGUCCUGCGCGACGCAGACACUCUGCGCCCUGACACCAUCGCCACCGCCGCGCUCGCGCCGUCCCACGCGCACGCGCUGCUCAGGUUGUCCCGGGACAGCAGUGAUGGGGGGGCCGUGGCCCCCGACCUGCCGCAGUCCACCGUGUCCGCCGUGCGCUCCGCCCUCGCUGACCGCCAGCUGCAGAUACACGAACUGCAGCUGAAGCUGACGUCGCACAAAGAUCAGCUUGGGUCGCUGCGCAAGCAAUACGAGGCCGCUGACGGGACGGCCGUGGCGCUGGAGGCGAGCGUCGGGGAGCUGCGCGAGCAGCUGGAGGCCGUGGCCCGCGAGAGAGACGCUACCGCAAGGGAGAAGGAGAGGGUCUUGGAGGACCUGGAGGCGCUCCAGGGGGAGAAGGAGGCGUUGGAGCGGGCCAAGGCUGCUCUUAAGAGUGAGUGUGAGGCGCACGUGGAGGAGUGUGAGCGGCGCGGGCGCGUGGUCGCUGAGCUGGAGGCCGAGCGUGGCGCCUGGCAUGAGGAGCGCCAGCAUGUGCACGCUAAGUUCUGCAAGGAGCGUGACGACGUCGCCAAGCAUGCGCACACCAUCGCCGUGCUCCACACCGAGCUGGCUAGCGUGAAGCAGCAGGUGUCCCUGCUGAGCGACAGCGUAGGGAAGCUGAGGGCGUCCGAGGAGCGGCUGGAGGAGGGGCGCGAGGACCUCAUGGAGCAAGUGCGCCGUCUGGAGCGCACCAGGACGGAGCUGGAGACGCAGCUCGCCGUGGCGCAGCGCCAGGAGGCUGAGAUGCGCCAUACGCUCAAUAAGGUUGAGGAGUACAACCUCUCGCUAGGUCAGGACAAGGCUGCACUGCAGCAGAAGGCGGCGCUGCUGGAGGCGGAGCGCGCCACGGCGGCCACGGAGCGCGCUGAGCUGCGCGCGGAGGUCGAGCGCCUACAGGACCUCCUGGCCGCCGCGGACGAGGACAAGGCCGCCCUGGAGGCCAGCCUCGUGAGGGCGGGCGAGAGGACAAACCUUGUGGCCAUUGAGAAGGAGAAGGCUGAACUCGAGCUGAACGACGCGCUGUCUGAGCGCAACGAGCUGCACGCUCACGCCGCUGCUCUCGAGCGCUCACGCAAUGCGCUCGAGGACGAGCUGAGCGCCGCGAGCGCUGCGCUCACUGAGCGCGACAAGACGCUCACUGCGCUCACAGGCGAGAAGGAGGCGCUCAGCAGGCGACUUGCAGAGCUCGAGCUGAACAAGCUGCAGCGCGAGCUGGACGGUGAGCUGAACCGCGUGCGCGAGGCGAAGUCGCUGCUGGAGCGCCAGCUGGACGAGCACAACACUGAGCACAAGAAGAGCAUGACUGCGCUCAAGGAGGAGUAUGAGCACAAGAACGAGGCGCUCAGGCGGGAGAAGGUAGGAGUAUGA